UCGAUGGGUUGGUGCAUGGCCAUCAUCGAGUGUGGACUUCGGCUGAUCAAAGGAGAAGAAGGUCGGCAUGGAUUCAAUCGUCAAGCUCCCAUGAACAACAUUCACCUCACCGAUCGCUAUAAGUCACCCCGAGAAAGCGAACAUCUGAUUUUAAUUUCAAAAUGCGACGGAUGAUCGAGUGUCAGCCACAUGAUCAGGAGACAUCUUCUAUGGUGUCGUGAAUUUUUCUAUUCCAUUCAACUCUUGGAUUUCAUGAUUUUCAAGUUGCUUGGUCGUAUUGACGGGAAAGAUUCUUAGGAAGUGCUGCUUCCUGUCUGGGAUGCCAGAUUUGAAGUUGGGUUUAAAUGAUAAAAUUGGCCUGGAGAAAGAGUCACAAAUUAAAUCUCGUCCCACGAAAAGGUUCCUCCCAUGUUCACAGCAUAUGGCUUACAGAGUCCAUUUACUCAAAGGUUUGAAGAAUAUUUACUCCGCUGAUCCAAUCUACCUGCAUUUUCCUCUAAUUUACCGCAAACCAAACACCCCAAUAAGUCAAGAAAAACCCAAGAAGGAAAAAACCUGUUGAAUGGAUUCACGGGAACCUCCUCCUCCUCCCCCUCCUCCACAGAACAUGAUGGUGGGCCCCACGUCGUACUCCAUGCUCAACACCAUUGCCACCUCUAACAACAAUUCCAAUGUUCCUAUUAUGAUCAACACCAGUUCCGGCGGUGGGCCCUCGAUGAUCCCUCCUCCUACCGCCGCCCGUUUCCCUUUCAACACCGCACUCUCGGCGAAGCCAUUGGAUUCUUUCAACAGCAGCAGCAACAACAAUAACAACGCCAAUCCGUACGAUGGAUCGCCGCCUUCGAGGCAGUCAGGGUUCAGCAUUGAAAACUCCUCCACCGCGGCGAAGAAGAAAAGAGGCCGGCCGAGGAAGUACUCGCCUGACGGCAACAUUGCGCUCGGCUUGGCUCCGACGCCUAUCUCCUCUUCUUCCGUCGCAAAUCACGGGGAAUCCGGCAGCACCAUGCCGUCCUCGGAGCCUCCCCUGAAGAAGCAUCGGGGUCGGCCGCCCGGCUCCGGGAAGAAGCAAUUGGAUGCUUUGGGAGCGGGCGGUGUCGGUUUUACUCCGCAUGUUAUCAUGGUGAAUGCAGGCGAGGAUAUAGCAUCAAAGAUUAUGGCAUUUUCACAGCAGGGGCCACGCACAGUUUGUAUCCUUUCUGCAAGUGGUGCCAUCUGCAAUGUUACCCUUCGUCAAGCAGCAUUGUCAGGUGGUACUGUGACAUAUGAGGGUCGAUUUGAGAUUAUCUCUCUAUCAGGUUCCUUUUUGCUUUCUGAAAACAAUGGCAAUCGUAGCAGAACAGGCGGUUUGAGUGUGUCCUUGGCAGGUUCUGAUGGUCGAGUUUUAGGUGGAGGGGUUGCAGGAAUGCUAAUGGCAGCUUCACCUGUUCAGGUCAUUGUGGGUAGCUUUAUUGCGGAUGGAAAAAAACCGAACUCAAACAACCCGAAAUCUGGGCCUUCAUCAGCGCCAGCACAACAAAUUUUAGACUUUGGUGCACCUGUCACAGCAGCCAGCCCUUCCUCUCAAGGCGCCUCAAGUGAUUCAUCAGAUGAUGGCGGUAGCCCUAUUAAUAGAGACUCUGGAUUCUACAGCCAUGCUGGUCAGCCACUACAUAACAUGCAGCCGAUGUAUCAAAUAUGGACAGGCCAAACACAGCAGUGAAGAUGCUACCUGUUAAACAGUUCAUUGUGCUGGGUUAUUAACUUGGAUAUGUUCUGCAUAGUGGAUAGGGAGGUGAAUUCCAAAAGCUAACAAAACGAAUUACCGAAGGCAUAGAGGGAGAGAUCUAUUUGAAGUUCUCUUAGCGGGUUACUUGUUCUUUCAUUUUAAGCUAGUCCUUUUUUUUCCUUUUCACAUGAUUUAAAAGACGGCUAUUGUUGAUAGCUGGAAAUGCCACCUGAUUUUUAGGAUCUCAUCAGUUCAAAUUGCUUUUAUAUUACUUUUGAGUUGCAUCUGUCCUCUCCUGUUCGCAGUUUGUGAACUUAAUAUGCCAACUUUUCUAGGAUUAUGAGAUUUAUAGCUGCAUGUAAUAUAGUUGGGCGCGAUUGUCUUGCUGUA